CGGAGGAAGGUCUGCCGUAUCACUCCAAAUAUAAACCCAGCUCUGCCAGGCGAGUGGUGCUGCUGAGCAUUAAACUGUCCGGAACUCGAUAGGAACAUUUCAUUUCACAAGAAUUGAAUCCACACCCAGGAUGCCUGGCUCAGCCCCGAUCAGUUGCUUGGGACCGUGGCCCAAAGAUGUGGGUAUCAUUGCCAUGGAGCUGUACUUUCCAUCCCAGUACGUGGACCAAGCUGAGCUGGAGCAGUUCGACAACGUACCAGCUGGGAAAUACACGAUAGGCCUGGGCCAAGCUCGCAUGGGCUUCUGCUCAGACCGAGAGGACAUCAACUCCCUGUGCCUGACCGUGGUCCAGAGGCUGAUGGAGAGGAACGGCCUGUCCUACGACAGCAUCGGCCGGCUGGAGGUCGGCACCGAGACCAUCAUCGACAAGUCGAAGUCGGUGAAGACGGUCCUCAUGCAGCUGUUUGAGGACUCCGGUAACACAGAUGUGGAAGGCAUCGACACGACAAACGCUUGCUACGGCGGCACGGCGGCCCUCUUCAAUGCUGUUAACUGGGUGGAGUCCAGCUCGUGGGAUGGACGUUAUGCUUUGGUGGUUGCAGGAGACAUUGCAGUCUACGCCACAGGAAGUGCACGGCCUACGGGCGGUGCUGGAGCGGUGGCCAUGCUGGUCGGGCCUAAUGCUCCUUUGGCUUUCGAACGAGGUCUGCGGGGAACCCACAUGCAGCACGCGUAUGACUUCUACAAGCCAGACAUGGUGUCCGAGUACCCUGUGGUGGACGGCAAGCUGUCCAUCGAAUGCUACCUCAGUGCCUUGGACCGCUGCUACUCCGUGUAUCGCAACAAGAUCCACGCACAGCGGCAAAGAGAUGAUUCAGAGAAGCACUUCAGCCUGGAGGACUUUGGGUUUUUAGUCUUCCACUCUCCGUACUGCAAGCUGGUGCAGAAGUCGUUGGCUCGACUGAUGCUGAAUGAUUUCCUGAACCACCCCAGUCCCAACACGGAGACGGGACACUUCGCAGGCCUGGACGCCUUCAGAGAUAUAAAACCAGAAGAGACGUAUUUUGACAGGGACGUGGAGAAGGCCUUCAUGAAGGCCAGCGCAGAGCUGUUUGAGAGGAAGACCAAGCCGUCCUUACUGAUCUCCAACCAGAACGGAAACAUGUACACGCCGUCUGUCUAUGGCUGCCUGGCGUCUGUUCUUGCAGAACAUACAUCAUCACAGUUAGCAGGACAGAGGGUUGGAGUUUUCUCCUACGGUUCAGGAUUUGCUGCCACUUUGUAUUCUCUGAGGGUCACACAGGACCACACCCCGGGAUCUGGGUUGGACAAACUUGUAUCCAGCCUGAGUGACCUGAAGGUCCGACUGAACUCGCGGACGAAGGUUUCACCUGCUGUUUUCUCUGAAAGCAUGAAGCUGAGGGAGGAGACUCACCACUUAGCCAGCUACAUCCCUCAAAGCUCAGUGGAGGGUCUGUUCCCGGGGACGUGGUACUUGACCCGAGUGGACGACAAACACCGCAGGGAGUACGCUCGCAGACCUCUGGACGACGACCUGCCAGCAGAGCCAGAACGUGUUCGCUCCAGUACAGCUGCUGAGCACAUCCCCAGUCCAGCCAAGAAGAUGCCUCGCAUCCCUUCAACCACAGCUGGACCUGAGGCCGCCAGCAGCAACUGAGAGCCUGAUGGUGUCCCCGCUCCAACAGCAGUGGAGACUAUAACAGUUACACAAACCUAGAGCUCAAAUGGACAAUAAGAGAGUGCAGGAUCACAAUCUUUUAAACUUCAGAGGGAGGCAGUGGUGGGUUUUUAGAGAUCCAGAGUCCUGCCUGCUCCACUCCCAUCAUCCCCUGCAGGUCAAAAUAUUCUGUCUGCCAACUUGGUUUUCCCUUCGUUUUUAGUUUAUUAUUUCAAAUCUUACAUUUGAAUGUAUUUUAGCAUCUGCAUUUGAGCAGAGUGAACAUUUCCAUUCACAAACACGAAGAAGAAGAAAGAAGAAAUGGGGAAAAACACACACAAAAAAACAAGUGAAAGCUUCCUCCAUCUCAUCAGAGAAACAGAGUUAAUGCCUCCACAUGACAGCAGGUGACACGGCUCGUCUCCGCUCUGCUGUUUGUUUUCAUUUAGUCUGUUUUAUAUUAAAAUGUGACCUGUUUUUAUUCCCGCCUGUCAUCAUGUGACCUCUCAAGCAACACAUGAGGAGCCAUGUCCUCUGAGAUGAAAAAUGAUGUUUUAGAUGCAUAUUUUAAAACUGGCAUGAAACACAAAGACUUGGUGCUGCAUGGUGAGUUGAGUUCAUUUUUAAAAUGUAUUUCACAGCCGUGUAGGGUGGGGCAAUAUUGACCUAAAAAUUUAUAUUGAUAAAUUGUGGCUUUUAGCCGAUAACGAUUGAUAUAACGAUUAUUAAAGUCCAAUUGCACUUGUGUGGA